AUGGCUUCUCAGUCACCUUCUCAGGCUCUAGCAAAGCGGAACUCAGACUCGGAUUUGAUGCCACCUCCGCCACCACUAAAACGCAUUAAGAGACCGCCAAAAGUCCUCGACGAAGAUGAAUACACUGAUGCAUUAUCGCACAUUAUCGCGAGAGAUUUUUUCCCGGGGCUCCUUGAGACCCAAACGCAGCAGGAUUACCUAGACGCUCUUGACUCUGAGAAUAAAGAAUGGAUCGCGACGGCAGGGCGGAGGUUAGCGGAGGUGAUGACUCCGGGUCCCCAAGGCCGGAGAGGGGUAAAUUUUUCCACACCUAGGCAUACUGCCCAACCGAUGAAUACACCGAUGCAGUGGAGUGGCGAUACGCCGUUGUCUGUGGCGUCUACAAAGGUACCUGAUACGGAAACAGAUUCAGCAAAGGCAGCCAGUGUCGAGGUCGACACCAUGAGUUUAGGCGCUUUCCAGGCACGAUAUACGAGUGAAGAUAAUGAAUCGUUUUAUAAAGUAUUGGAUGCCCAAAACGCCAAAAGAAAAGCGAAGUAUGCUUGGAUGUGGCAUGGAAAUAAGAUUCCGACUUCAAGGCAAAUCGCUUAUCAACGACAAGAGACUAAGAGGUUGGAAGGCCAGAAGAGAUCAGAGGGAAGCAAAGAGUUAAUCAAGACCGACCUUGAUUCCAGACCUGCAAGGCCAGAUGCCUGGAAACCGAAAGCAGAGAAUUCGUUGAUGUUUACGCCGUCGUCUAUUGAAGACACGUUCGAAACUGUCCAGCAGAAAGCAGAAGCCACUUCUCGCAUUGGACCAAAACAUGUUUUAUAUCACAAUACUAGAAUUCAAUCCACGUCUAAUACGCAAGAAGAACCUCCACCGUCGCCGUCCAUAUCCGCCAUCCGUGACGCCAUUGCUGGUCGCCCACGACCUACAGACACCGAAGCUGACCUCGCAGGGGGCGAAACACCUCGUGUUAAUGGCUACGCCUUCGUUGAUGAGGACGAACCCGAGCCUUCAAAAUCCAGUACUGAGUGCAACGAAGAGGAAUACCACCUCAAACUCCUCUCAUCCGCCGGAUCAUCCACCUCAAACCCCUUCAAACUUCAAGACACCCGUCGUCGCGAAGCCCUGCAUCACCGCAUGGUUGAACGAGUUGCAAAGACAAAACGAGUAGAAAAACUUGCUAGCACCACAAAAACGCCCGUACCAAAAUUCCCCAGUAGCCCUAUGGUUGGAUUUGGCGGCGCCUCACCUGGUGGCCCAUCUGGGUUGAAUAAAGCAAGUCUAACGCCUGCUGGGCAGAGACUAUGGGCCAGCGUAGGUAACAGUACUCCGCGCCAGAUGAACCCGGGUAAUAAUCAGUCUGGGUUAAAGAAUAUUUGGACCCCAACCGCGAGAAGAAAAUAA